AUGAUGUAUACCGUCAAUGCCAGUAGAGGAACGCGCUUUCACGGGGUGCCACCCCGCGGAGCGCAGAUUUGCCGACUCCCCGCUCAGUACAGCCAGGAGGCUAGUGACGAAGAUGAUGACUUUGACUGGCCGGCUCAGUCAGAAGCAUCCGAUUCAUCCUCGAGUGCGAACGACUUCGGCCUGAACCAGCCAGAUGCGCUGUCAGAGGUUGAUUCGGCUUCGGCCUCUGCUGGAAGCCCUUCUGUCAGUCGGCAUAGCUCCGCCUACGAGUUGCCGAGAUUCGGCCUAGCAGACUCUGAUCUCUCAGAGACUGACUUUCUGGGUGUCGGUGAGACGGAUGACAGCCACGAUUCAGAUUCUGAUGGAGACCUCUCAAAUGUCAACGAGGUUGACCUUGAGGAUGAGGACGAAAUCCAGGAGAUACCCAAUCCACCACAGCUGCCUUUGGUGUCGGAGGAACGCUUGCAGGAAGUAUGGCCUUUAGGAGAUGCUGCGUUCGGCAUCUUUGUCUGUCCGAUUACUCAUGACGUGAUGACAGAUCCCGUCGUCUGUGCGGAUGGAUACACGUAUGAGCGCACGGCAAUCGGCAGGUGGUUCGAAGCGUCACGCAAGAGUCCUGUAACUGGUCAGAGUUUGCCUCAUGUGGAGAUGGUGCCAAACCAUUCGGUCAGAACACUGCUGAAGACUCUCAUAGACAUGACCGACAAGCCCAAAGUGCAAGACACGUCUCGGCCGUUGACGCCCGUCGCGACAAAGGGCAGCUCGCCGCCAGAGAUGGUCGACCUACAGUCAAGAUCUAUGUCUGGACAUAUUCCAGACCUGUCGGGAGACGAAAAGCCAUGCUUGUGCCCACCGCCCUCAUCAACCGACGCAGAGACCGACUUGGUUCGUGGAUCUUCUUCCAGCAGCUCUUCAUCCUCAUCAUCAACUCUGCAAAGAUCUGCAAAGCGUCGGGGAAGUCCUAUUCCGGAGUCUAGGAUGCCUUCCAUGUGA